AUGAUUCCAUGGAACUUCUGCAUCACCACAUUCAUCGAGAUCUACCGGCUGGCUGUGCCCAUCUUUGUGCCUGAUGCCAAGUGGAUGCAUGCUCUCGUUUGGCGCUAUUUCUACAGGGGAGAGCUCCAGCAAAUCAACCGCUUCACCGAGUUGAGGUACGAGUGGCAAUCUUCAGCCAACUGCCACUUUCAUCCCCUGCCGCGCGACUGCCCCGACCCGGAAAACAACUUGGUCAGGAGGCCUCCUUCGCUUCGCACCGGUGAGCGGGUCCCAUGGCUUCAAGCUGGGAUCCCUGAGCUACCGAUGAGCCAGCAGAUCCGGAAGUGGUGGAUCUACACGGACUACAUGAAGAUGCCGCAUCUCAUGUACUUCACGGGGAUUGUGAACCUGAUGGAGCAGGCGCUGCACUUCACGUAUGAGGAUGCCGCGGACGUAGUGAAGAAGAUGCAGAAGGUGAACCAGGAGGCACUCCGUACCAGCACAGACUACUACAAGGCCAUGCUUUCCGCUCUCUGA